UGGAAGGCUGAGUCAACCCUGAGCCGGUGAGAUUUGAACAGCCGAACUGCAGGGUUGAGGCUGAAGAACUCAUUGACAGGAACCAAAAAUCUGUUCUUCUGUUUCCAGGAACAUUGCCCAUUCUUUCUGAAAAGCCAGUAUUAUGAGAUCUCCUCAUUCCCAAGCUGACAUUAGAGAAUCUUGACAUGCUCCAGGCAAAUCUUUUUAAAGAUCUAUAUUGAAGCUGGGAAGACAUUGGCCUAGAGGCGGGGGAGAAAGACACAUGGUUUUCCUCGGCUGGAGAAGAUUGCUGCACUUUUGUGGUAGGGCCAGCUUUAGAAAAGACUUAAAGCAGAGACAGAGAGGCUGUUUGUCUUGGAGGUGCUACCGGGGAAGAAUAUCCGGAAGACUUCAUGUAGACCCCAAGCUGAGAAUAUUUCUAGAGGAGAAUACCGAAAUCAUUGACGCUGGGAACCUGACCCCGGAGAUAAGAUUACGUCUUCUGACCCCUAAUUGCAGGUUUUGGCAUGACAAAGCUGCCUUGUGGCCCUACGGGGAGCCCUACUGGGCAAUGUACUGGCCAGGAGGCCAAGGAUUAUCCAGAUACCUUCUUGAUAAUCCAAAAGUGGUCCAGAAGAAGAAAGUUCUGGAUCUAGGAAGUGGUUGUGGAGCAACAGCUAUUGCAGCUACACUAAGUGGAGCAUCACAAGUUGUUGCAAAUGAUAUCGAUCCUGUUGCAGCUGCUGCCAUGGUGCUUAACUGUGAGCUGAACAACAUAGACCCCAUCCCUGUUUUAACAGAGAACCUGAUUGGUACAGAUAUAGGCAAGUGGGACCUUAUUGUCUUAGGGGACAUGUUUUACAAUGAAGAACUUGCAGACAGCCUCUCUGAAUGGUUGAAGAAGUGCAUCCAGGAUGACAAGACUGGAUUGCUGAUCGGGGAUCCUGGCAGACCCUAUUUUGUGACCAACAGAAUUCAGAGAAAGUUGCACAAAGUUAGUGAAUACACUCUCCCUCAAUCAUCACCGGAAGAAUACAACGGUUCAACCAAAACUAUUAUCUGGAAUUAUCAGCCUUAA